AUGGCUGACAAGAUCAAAGACCUUCUUGCAGACGAUAGUGUUUCUGCACAAGAUGCUGCGCAGAAAAUCGCAAGCUCUUGCAUUAACGCAAUUGAGAAGAAUGAGGAUGCCUCCAAAAUUGAGGAUGAGCUGUAUAACCUUUGGCAAGCUGUCCUCACCGCCGCCGAGCAGACCCCUCAUGAUCGACAAGAUAAGCUAGUGCAAGUCAUGCAGGCGAUAAAGGAACUUGCACCCUCCGGAGACAAGGCCAAGAAGAUUAUCGUUUGGGGGGAUGAGGCGCGCUGGGAUACGCUUCCCCUGUUCGGCCCUACAGCACGAGAUGAAUUCGACAGUGCGCAGGAGAAUUCAGAAGAAUCAUGUGUAAACAUCAAUUCCUUCUUCGCCCGUAUCACUGCAGCUGGAAUUGAUGACUUUACUCUCUACGCCAUCUGGACUUUGCGCGACGCCAUUGAGGACCCUGCCGCGAAUGAGAUUGCACAAAAGACUCCACAAAGGCUACUGAAAGCUGCUUCAGUCUGGUUCAUUUAUGCUGGCGAUUCAUUGACAAAGGCGACUAUAGAAGGGAAGCAAUUUGACGGUAAGAUGGCCAAGCCUGGGGCCAGUUUGGAGGAUGGGGUUGAAUGGAGAGGCUUCUGUGAUGACAGGUGGAAGACUUGGGAACAACGAAUGUUGGCACUCAAGACGGCGGACCUGCCUGAAGAUACGAAGGCAUUGAUAGAGAAAGCUGCCCAAUGCUUGAACAAGGCAUGA